AUCAGAUGCAGUCCUACAAUAAGUCACAACUACUUGCAUUAUCCACACUAUUUUAUACUCUUAAUGGUGUUUGUAAGACGCAAGUUUCCAAUGAAUCGGCAUAUUGCUUGGGUGUAAAAACAAGGAUAAUCAUUGUUGGUGUGUCUUGUAGAAUUAAAUGGAGAGUUGUUCCAAGUAGAGUGAGCACUGGGCACUGUUACUAUGUCCAAGUCGACUUUCAUGGGGCACUAUGUCAAGAAAUAAAAUACCGGCAUCUUCUCUCUCGGAAAACCAUCUUUAAUUUUACCCAGAACUACGACCAAACUCCUGGGUCUUAAAGGUGAAAAUUCCAUUCUCCAUUUUUACACGCGUGGAAGUCACACACGUAGCCUGACGACCGGCACAAUUCCACGUUGCGUGUCUUCGUGUCCAUAGGGGGCAGGAACCCGCGUGGCGCCGUCACGAUUAUGCUCUCCUUUUUCCUUUCCUUUUCUCGGAAUUUCAUUUUGUUGGAAGAAAAGGAAAAGAUUGUUUCGAGCUUAGUUUGAAUUGUUUGUCGGCCAAUUUCCCAUAAUCUUGUUUGUCUGGGUAAUGGGAAUUUUGGGAUGGAGAGUUGAAUGGGUAUGAUGAGCAUUUUGGUUUGCGGCACCGUGAAUUACAUGCGCCAUGGAUGAACUUCCUGGGGCUUUGGGCACCAGCGCCAGCUUGUCUCUGCGGAUGGGGCAGACCAUCUUUUCCUCUGCCGCCCUUCUCUUCAUGUGUUUGGAUGUUGAAUUCUACAGUUAUACGGCCUUCUGCUUCUUGGUAACAGUUAUGGGCUUGGUAAUUCCAUGGAGUUUGACACUGUCACUGGUGGAUGCAUACUCUAUCUUUGUUAAAUGUCCUCUGCAUCAACCAGGAAUAAUGUUGGUCGUCAUCAUAGGGGAUUGGGUUCUGUCAUUUCUCUCUUUAGCCGCAGCCUGCUCAACAGCUGGGGUCACGGAUCUCCUGCUCAAUGUUAAUGGAUCCCACUGCCCAGCAAGGUUAUGCGGUAGAUAUCAGCUCUCAGCUGCUAUGGCCUUCUUGUCUUGGUUUCUUUCAUUAGCCUCUUCGCUCUUCAACCUUUGGCGCCUCCCCUCGUUGAAAAUGCUCAUCCAUGAGAGAACUCAAGCUGCUGCAUGCCCAAAUCAUCCUCCACGGAUUGACCAAUGAGACCCUCACGCUUGGUAAAUUGAUUUCUUUCUGUGCUGUUGAUGAUGCCGGCGAUCUCCAAUAUGCGCAGCGUAUGUUCGACCAAAUACCCCAACCC